CUGUUAUAGGAGAAGUUCGUGAAACACCCGGCUAGUUCAGACAUUGUGUAACCUCUGUCAACCAAUCAGUGACUUGUGUCGCCGCUUUGCACACUCAUGAAGGAUCCUCACUGAAGGUCUGUUGAACAAAGCGCACGAGCGAGCGAACAACUAACGGCCAUCGGCUGAGCAUUUAAAUGCCCACCUGUCCGUCACUGUCCCACACGCUACACUUCUCCCUGAUCGACGACACGACUCCACCUGGAGGAAGACACUUUGACAAAGACCUUUUUUAAGCAUCAGUAGUGAUGGACUCCAGCAAGGCAGCACGUGUCUUCUUAAUUGUAUUUGUGGCCCUCCUAACGGUGGUUUGUCUGACGGAGGGAUGCGCGAUUCCACACAAAGCUAAGCAGCGCAGGAGCAAGAAGCCAGCGGUCAUCGUGAACCAGGAGGUCAAGGAGGUCAAGAAAGUGAUUUGCUACUCGGGGGCCGACUGCAUCAAGCGCCGCCACUGCGUCCGAGGAGCAGCGGAUGACGACUUCGGCUACUGUCAGCCCUUCCUUCGGACCGGCCACGUGUGCACUGUACCAGCGUUUACUGCAGUCAAGCCGCAUGAGAUCGUGAACGAGAGGCGCUGUGGAGUCGGCCUUGUAUGCACGCGAAUGGGUCAUCGAAAUUACCCCCACGAAAAACAUUGCACCAGCUUGUCAUAAAGAAAACAUUUUCUCGCCUAACCAUGACUGCUGAACAGCCAAACCUCAUCAUCAGUUAUAGAUGUGCAUAACAUCUGUAUAAAAACACAUUUUCAUCACAACAUUACUUUUUUUUUUAUCUUUGGAGCCACUGUUAACUUUUUAUUGUUAUAUGGGGUACAUGGAUAGAGUGUGUGAAUGUGAAGAGAUGAAUGUGUAUGCGUGUAUGCAUCCAUCAUAGCCAUACUUUUACCUGUAUCUUCGCUUUGGUAGGAUAUCUUCAAUUCAUCUUCAAGCUGGUUUGAUUUUCUUUUUUUCCUUGGAUGCACAUCCCAGAAACUUUAUCAAGUUUCUUUGACUGUUAAGACAAGUGUAAUGUGUUCUCAUUCUUAUUUUUGAAUUUACCAUUUUACACUUUCUAACUUAAUUGUUCGCAAAAGCAAUAGCAUAUAUUUAUUCGACAGAUUUUAGUUGACUGUUCUCAGCCAUGUACUCUCAAUGUAAAAAUUAAUUAUUUUCUUUAAUUAUAUAUAUUUACCUUAAAAUUUAUUUUUCCUGCAUUUCCUUGGUAUUUGUUUUCCUUGCACUAAGGAUUAAUUUACGUGACUUUUGUUAUUAUCUUCUAGCAUGAUCUUCAAUUUUCAUUUAGAGCUGCAGUACUAUCGUCUGCUGAAUGUAAGAAAUGCGCAUGCGCAGUACGACCGAUUUUGCUUCCCAUGGAACGAGAGUAUUUCGGCAAUUGUACAGCGCAUGCGUAGUAUACACUCAUCGAUGGUUGGAACGGAAGUAGAGGUUUAGUCUGUUAGCCACUGUUAGUUUCACAUAAACGUAAAGAGAUGACUGGACAUGAUCGCUGUUAUUUAUAAACUGUCGCAGCGUAAAAUUUAAAAAAUGGCAGGAGAAAAUUUAGUGUCAUGUUUUCCCAGUAAAGUAAAUGCUUAAAAUCUCGAAAGACAAAAAUUGUGGUUGGAAAUGAUACAAAUUGAGAAAUGGAGACAGAUCAAUGUGCACUUUCCUGUCUGCCUGAAACUCAGCUUUCGCGACAACGUUCUCUCGGACGUAAUCCAUUAAGUUAUAUGUAUUUAAUGUUGUUAUCGUUUGCACAAUCUGGGUAUAACAUUGCUUCCUAGAUAUGUGACCUAAACAGUGACAUCUUUGAUUUCAAUAUCAUUAUAUCCCUAUGUUGUAAAUUAUUGCUUACAUAUAGUAUGCUGUAUUGCUUGACUUUUGUUCAAGUGUCUGUUAAAGUGAAUGAUGUGGAUUUUCUGUUAGCAUUCCUUUUAUUUUAAAUGUCAUUGGUUUACUUUCCGUUUUAUUCUUUUGCUUAAUCAGAUGGGAGCAAAUUAAAAGAGAAACUAUCGACUUUAAAAAAACACACACGUACGCCUGCACUCCCACCCAACAUCAAUAUAUAGCUCCACAGUGUUGCACUCAUGGUUACUGUUUUGAAUGGUCACAACUGACAGCUUAAACCCACAAUGCAAUGUGUGCUCUGUUUAUCUGCAUGGGCCAACAAGCUAUGCAUAGAACUUUUUGUCUCAGCAUGAAUGUCUAAUUGCCUGAAAUCGAAUUUUGUGAACUUUUCGCCAAUCCUUCAAGGACUUGAAAUAAUUUACCAUUUCUCACUCUAUUCCGACUUAAAGUUGACUGGGUAAUUUAUGAAUUCAUCAAAAAUGGUCCAGAUAACUAAUUUUUUUAAAAUUAAGUAAAAAUAAAAUAAUGAAUAAUAUGAAGUCAAUGGUUUAUAUUAACAAUAUUUUGUGAUUUUUUUCCCUUUUUAUCUGAAACCCAAAGUGUAGCAUUUGAACAAUGAAGAAUGCUGUUUGUAAUAGAAACGUUAUACAAUAAAAAUAAUUAUACCAAUAAA